AUGACAGCAUUGACUCAGACAACUUGGCCGCGGCUAGUGCCUUAUUCAACGCCACAUACCAGAGAUCAAAUACCCGCGUUCUUUGGAUUCUAG